UUUGACAAGUUGGGACACACCAAAAUGCUCCUCGGCAACUAUCUGAGUGUCGUAGUGUUUUCAGUCUCACAAAGCUCAUAAAGGUUCAACACUCGCUGCUUUGGACUUUCCUUAGAUAUAUAGUAGUGUGGUUAAAAAAAAGGAUCAGCCUAGAAUUUGAAUUCAAAUUCACAUGUUUGUUGUAGAAUUCGGAGAUCUUGGGCAGAACAGCCUCCUCGGGACUUGGUGGGCUGUCUUCAGCUCCCGCAGCAACCUCAGGGGACUCAAGACAAACUCUCACAGUGCGAGAGGAAGAGGUCAACCCAUCGCUAACACUACUCUGCAGUAUCAUCGCUCUCAGCAAUGACUCAACUCUUCCUCCUUCUGCAAAGAACAGUGACUGACUGACUGACAGAGAAUUACAGAAACAAAGCUGCUGAAAAGUUCCUCGACAGAUCUUUUUUCACCCUGGAUAAUUUGGAACUGUGCCGCUGAAGAGCAUUUCAGGAAUUCAGUCAGUGUCACGUCUGGGAUUAGUUUUGGUUUUAACAACAACAACAAACCACUGAGAGACGAGACAACUGUGGAAACUCCUUCAGUGCAGCGAGUCUUCGGGUACAACAGCUCUCUUUCUGCUUUCUACUCUUUCUUUCUGGAGAGACUAAUUGAAUUUCACAGCCUUGUUGAGGCUUGUCUGGAUCCUCUAUGGAAGAACUCUUCAACAUUCCUCAAUGGUUUUUCCUGCAUCCUGAGGCACCAAGCAUUAAUCAGAUCCAUCCUCCACUUGACCGUAUCAGUUUCGUAAUUGUGUCUCACCUGGACUCCUCGUUUGUCUUGGUUUGUCGCAAAACCUUAAUGGAGUCAGACCAGAGCCAGCCAGGUUUCGUUGUAGAAAAAAAUAACUGACUGAGUUGCAAAGUUCAAGAAACCUUUUAAGAUGUGUUGGUUAUAUUCUGUACUGUCCAGAGUGUCUCAUUUGAGUCAGGAGCUCAAGGGACAAUGAACAAAGACCUCCGCUUGGCAAGGAAAGGGGCGCCGACUGGUUUCGGACACGGCCGGAGACACUCAUGCUUGGGUUUUGAUGUGGAGAAUGGCUUGUCGGUGGGUCGCAGUCCACUGGACUCUCAGACUAGCCCGAGUUCUGGUCUGGUACUUCAGGCCAACUUCCCCCACAGUCAGCGACGCGAAUCUUUCCUCUACCGCUCCGACUCGGACUUCGACCUCUCGCCCAAAACCAUGUCCCGCAACUCCUCCACUGCCAGCGACCUGGAGGAGGGAUUGAAGCAUUGGGAAGUCAAUUGGCUGCCUCGGCAUGGAGAAGACAUGAUAGUGACUCCUUUUGCACAGGUUCUUGCCAGUCUGCGAACAGUGCGAAGUAACUUUGCUGUUCUGACACAUCUGCAAGAUCGUGUGGCAAACAAGCGGCCGUCAAGCAGCAACCAGCCGUCCAUGUGUAAGCCAUGUCUCGCAGAGGAGCCUUACCAGAAGCUGGCGAUGGAGACACUGGAAGAGCUGGACUGGUGUUUGGACCAGCUGGAGACGCUGCAGACGAGAGACUCUGUCAGUGAGAUGGCAUCCAAUAAGUUUAAGAGGAUGCUGAACCGCGAGCUGACGCAGCUAUCAGAGACAAGCCGCUCAGGGAACCAGGUGUCAGAGUUCAUUUCAAGCACCUUCUUAGAGAAACAGCAUGAUGUGGAGAUCCUGUCUCCACCUCCUAAGGAGAAGGAGAAGAAGAAGAGGCCAAUGUCACAGAUCAUUGGUGUGAAAAAGGUCACGCAGAGUCCCAGCCUAGCAGCCGCCUUCAUCCCUCGCUUCGGAGUCAGCACGCCGCAUGAGAGUCUGCUGGCCAAAGAGAUCGAGGAAAUUAAUCGUUGGGGUCUGGAUAUUUUCAAGAUUGCUGAAUUUUCCGGAAACCGCCCUUUAACGGUGAUCAUGUACUCCGUCUUCCAGGAGAGAGAUCUCCUGAAAACCUUUAAGAUCCCAGUCGACACUUUCAUCACCUUCAUGAUGACCUUAGAGGAUCACUACCAUGCUGACGUCGCUUAUCACAACAACAUCCAUGCAGCCGACGUGGUGCAGUCCACCCAUGUCCUCCUGUCCACCCCCGCUUUAGAGGCAGUGUUCACAGACCUAGAGAUUAUGGCUGCUCUGUUUGCAAGUGCCAUCCAUGAUGUUGACCACCCAGGCGUCACCAACCAGUUCCUAAUAAACACCAGUUCGGAGUUGGCGUUGAUGUACAACGACGCCUCGGUGCUGGAGAACCACCACCUGGCCGUGGGCUUCAAACUGCUCCAAGAAGACAACUGUGACAUCUUCCAAAACCUCAGCAAGAAACUGAGAGAUUCCCUCCGCAAGAUGGUGAUCGACAUGGUGCUGGCCACAGAUAUGUCCAAACACAUGAACUUCUUGGCGGACAUGAAGACAAUGGUGGAAACGAAGAAGGUGACGAGUCUGGGAGUCCUGCUGCUGGACAACUACUCUGACCGCAUUCAGGUUCUGCAGAACAUGGUCCAUUGUGCCGACCUGAGCAACCCAACCAAACCUCUGGAGAUGUACCGACAGUGGACAGACCGCAUCAUGGUGGAGUUCUUCACCCAGGGAGACCGAGAACGAGACAAGGGCAUGGAGAUCAGUCCCAUGUGUGACAAACAGAAUGCGUCCAUAGAGAAGAGCCAGGUGGGGUUCAUCGACUACAUUGUCCACCCUCUGUGGGAGACCUGGGCAGACCUGGUGCACCCUGAUGCCCAGGACAUCCUAGACACUCUGGAGGACAACAGGGAGUGGUACCAGAGCAUGAUCCCCCGCAGCCCAUCACCUUCCAGCCCAGAGGAGCACCAUGCCGAGAGGGAGCCAGGAGGAGGAGCCGUGGAAGCAGGAGGAUCUGUCCCCUCAGGAGGAGGAGGGGACAAGUUCCAGUUUGAACUCACUCUGGAGGAAGAGGAGAAUGAGGUGGAGUCUGAUCUGGAGAGCCCCUUAGAGGAGGAGUCCCAAUCAAUUGGGGAGCAUCACAGGGACUCCUCCUCCCCUUCCCUGUCUCCGGACCCCCGCAGCAGCAGCAGCAGCAGCAGCAGGUACCGCCCACCCUCACCUCACCCGUCUCGGACCCUGAGUUUGGCUGCCAUGUCGGUGCGAAGCCCCCAUCCUCACAGAACAGUGGCCUCCCCUGGAAGGGGGGGCACCGACAGGGACAGAGAACUAAGCCAGGAGGCCGACGGGAUAGCCUGCCUGCACAUGGGCACGUAACAACCAGCACAACCUGCCCCGCCUGAGAGACAUGAGCGCCGAGUGUAGGAUGAAGGAGGCAGGGCAGGCCCUAACCAAUAAAGUCUGUAAAAUCACCACAGUCCCUUUACACUGGAGACACCCUCUCUAGAGAACAGAGGGACGUUCCCCCUCUGUUUUAUUUUAUUUUUCAGCAAAGAAGAAUCGUUUUAGCCUCUCUUUGGAUGCCUGAUAGGCCUAUGUGUCCCAUCCUGCUUUGUUGUAGCUUCAGUUCAGUGUCCCAGACAAAGACUGCUGCAGUUUAAACUGGGAAGAGGAGCGGAGCUGAAGUGUGAUACAACUGCAUAAGUUCAAGGGAAUGUCUUCCUCCAAAAUAACUGUUUGCGACUUUCAGAAAAGAGCAGCGAAUGAGGGAUGACAGUGGUUCAACAGGGUCUUGGAAAUAAUGUUUUGCACCAUAGAUUUAGUUUAAGAUAUGAAAUUAUUUGAAUAAGUGAGUAUGAUUUUUUUGUUGUUGUUCAAGAAUGAUGCGAGGGAUGAAUAAUUUUACCAAAUACAGGAUCUAGGUGAGCAGCGAGAAAAUCGAUGGACCUAAACCUCAGGGUAUGAAGAGAAACUAAAAAUCGAAUGUAGCACAGGUGUAGUGGGUAACCCUGUUCUGACCCCCAGCCCCAACCUUCUGUUUGUUUUACCUCCAAACUAGAUCAUUUGUUGAACCUGCGUGUAUCUACCAUUAAAUCAAAACCCUUUAAAAGAGAAUUUGGUAACUAAAGCAAUCAAGGAAAUAACUAUACAAACCAACUUGUAGCACCACAGAGAUCGGACACUGAGAAGGACUGUCAGUCUCAUGUGUUGAAAAUACAAAAGACACCAUCUGUAUAAUUUGUUUAAGCUAUUUUUUUAACCUGGGAUGAUGUUUCGGGACAUUUUCUUUGUCGUAUAUUUGCUGGUCUCGUCUUGUGUUUAUGUGCUUGAAAAGCAUUUCUUUUAUCAGGGUGCCUCCGGUCCGCAGUAGCACUUUACCAUCUCUGCUGUACAGCUCUUCUAUUCAGUCACACAAAGGGCUUCAUCCAAUGUAGGCCUACGGAUCACACAAAUAGUACAGUAUAUAUGUGAGGCGGGGCAGGAAAGUAACUGAGCUACUGGCUCAACAGACAACCCCCUGGUGGUCAGAUGACAUAUGAAUUAUGAGACCAUCUGUGUUUUGAGAAGCUUCAGAUACAGAGGUUCAGAUUCACUGAGAGUGCAAAUAGAGGUACUAGGGCUGCAAUUCAUAAGUGCAGCAUUUGUGAAUGAAAACCCUGUGCCUAACAGAUGAGAUGACAGGCCUCACCUACAAACGAAUAUUAUUUUUAUAUAAAUCCAAUCUACACACUGAAACUCAGAGGCUUUGGCAGCAGUGUUAAGUCUGUGUGCAUUCAUUGUGAAAACCAUGGUUCAGGUAUUCUGCAAAGAUAUUUUCAAUGAAACUGAACCUGAACAUUUUUCUGGCCUUUUGAAGUAAAGAUAUUUGAAUGUAUUUAAUUAAGAAUUUCACUCAGACAUUUCAAAUGUCAAACCUCAGCCACAUGUCGAGGCUUGUCCGUCACAGGAGUGUUCUGGCAAUUUAGUGAUGCACUGUGAUCAAGUUGGACGACUGAUAAGAGACUAUUUUUUUCUAAAAUGAUCCAAAUCAAUGAGUCCCUAUAACAGUGGAUCGUACAUUUACCAUAAUGCAAUUCAAUAGUGCCUUUCAUUAGAUCCUCCCUUUGCCCAUUUUUUUUAAAAGUCUGCCCCACGGUUUUUGUUAUUAAUCUCUAAUAGUGAGCCCAAUCCCUUCAGAGCCACAUUGCACAUUAUACAAUCGCUUCCACAGGUUGUGCUCAAAUAAACUGACCUCCGUGUCUAAAAUAAGUGGAGUGUCCUUUUAAAUAAAAGUCCUUUCCAUUUUCCCCGAAUCAGCACGGACCUUAUAAUUCCCCAAAUCACUUUGGUGUUACUUUCCUACCCUGCCCAAAGAAACUGCUGGUGAGAUCACAAGCACAUUUUCAAAAGUGUCUGAGAGAAAUGUAGUUACAACCAAACUGAUGGUGUUCCAUCAGACUACGUUUGUCUUAUUCGGUCAGUAGUGCUCGACUGGGAUAACUGUGUGCCACAAACACCUGCCAGCCUACGAUUAUGUACAUUUUUACACUAGAGAUUUUAACCUGAUGAUUGUAUCGAAGUCACUGACUUUAUAGUGUUAGUUUUUACGAAUGAUAGAUGUCAACAGUAUCUAAAGCAGACGAUUCAAUAGACUUUGUGCAACUUAGGAUCUGUCUUUUCAGCCCUUUCCUAACCAGACAGCUGAGACGUGAGAAUGUUUGUAGUUUCCGGAGUUUCACGACUCUUUCUGUACCAUGUUCAGUCUGAAUCAGUGUUGGUCGCCGUCACUGAGGUAGAGAGACCAGGUAGUGAACAAGCACUACACAGGAUAUGAUACACUUCCUGGUCUCGCAGUAGUAGUAAACACUAGUCUAACAGUAUUUCAUUAACUCAGCUGGUAAGCUUCAUUGAUAAGCAUCACAUGUGAUAGGAGAGGAUGGAACCUGCUGUUAAAGAUCAUUUUGCCGUUUUUAACAUGCCGAGCCUCCAAACACCAUUUGACUCACUGUUCUCCCCUUAUGUUUCAAAUGUUCCUUCACAGGAAACUGGAAAAAAAAAAUUGGCCAUAAAGAAUCUGGAAUACAUUAACAAAAGCAUUUCUAAAAUGACACGUGUUGAGCUUCGGUUUUAGCUUUACAACAAUUUCAAACUGGUCUGGAGUUAAGAAAAAGAGUCAUCAUCCCACAAAGGAGCCCGGAAUCGCGUGAUACAACAUGAAAAUUCACCAAAGUGAAGCUGAAAGGGUUUCUCUCAUUUCACAGAAUAUCAUUUAUCACAUGAUAAUCUGAGAAAUUCUGUUAUGUAAUACCUGUGUUGACUUGUCAUGUUUUGCAAGUGCAUAAUUUAUUUAGCUAAAAAAAAUGAACCAUAGAUGCCUUCAUGCAAUGAAAAUGCCAUGUAAAUGUCAGCAGCUAGGAUACCCAGACUUUACCUCUACCGCCAUCAGCAGGACGAAGUUCAUACUUGCGCACAAGAUAUGUCAGAAUGUAGUGGGGCAGUGACGGGGGAUUCAGGCUUUGUGGCCUUUUCUUGUGCCCGUUCAGAAACCUUUGAUUUUACUUGAACUACUGCUAAAGCUCUAAAAACAGCAAAAUUGUUGGACUUGUUGAGGGGUUCUGCUCCACGUUUCACCAAACAUACCUUUAAUCCUUUUUGGGACAAAAUGUUUCUUAAUGUGUCAUUGUGUGUGCAGUGUAAACGUAUUGUCCUCAAAGAUUUUAGGCCUUUGGUACUGACCCAAUAAUUUGGACUUCUUGACACCAGUUAAAGAGCUUUCUGUCUUUAUAAAGAAAAAAUGCAUUAAAAAUUUGAUGUGUCUAUUAGAUGAUACGGAAAAAUGAGCACAAGCAAGUUAGACAUUAAGCGUAUUUAAUCGUAUGCAUGACAUGGUCUAAAAUAUUAGCGCAGUCAUCCAACAAUAUGAAACUUAUUCUGUUUCUUGAAAUUAGUUUGGUCCAUCUAAUCUGUUGCAAACACGAUCUGUUAACUUUCCUGCAGCACAAGUGGUGAGAUUUUACUACUUUUUACUAUAGAACAAACUGAAGCACUUGGUAGUUUUGCACAAGCAGUGGCAACCAGAAAAGCAACAUAAAAAUUAAUCACUUGUACUCUCGAAUCUGAAAGUCCUCAAUUUUGGAGAACUUAUAUUUGAUAUGAACAGACAUCUCACUCCCUGCACAAUGUUUCCAUCAUGUAGGAUGUUAAUCGUCUUGAAAAAAUUGUGUAGCUGGAGUGUGUAGCCCGGUGAUCUGAGGCAUUUCAUCAGCAUGUUAAAUUCAGCUCUGUGGCUCUUCACAGGAAGACAUCAGUGCCAUACAGUGUUAAAUGUGUCGAUGAGCAGCAGAGUCCCUGCUGCUGCUCCUUUAUUGUGCUGCGCUGAUACUGCCACCAUUUAUUUUCAUGUCGUCUCGCUUUUCUCAGCCUCAGUGUCGUGCAAACUUCUGUAAGAGAUAUUUAUUCUUCAAAACGUUUCUGUCGAGACAAAGUACUGUAACAUAAGAAGUUUGACUUUAUGUUCUUGAGCCUAAAAAUCAAGUAUACUUUACAAGUAUCUAUACAUCUGCCACUCCAAUGUUUUUUGUCAAAGGAAAUGAAUAUAUUUUUGUUUCUCAUUUUUAGCCAAAAGAGUCUCGGGAGUUCAGGGUGUUUUAAGUGGAAAAUGCCAAUAAAUUAUAUGGAAAUUUA